CACUACACACUACUGGUAGUUAAACUCUCGGCAAGAUUGUGGUCACAAGUGCUGCUAACAUGGAGAAGGCGACACAGAGUUUGCCAGAGAUACAAAAUCUCGGUCAGGUGAUUGAACCUCACUUGGGAGGAGCCCGACUCCUUGGCUACCAGGCCAGGAACUUGACUCAACCUGGCGACAAUUAUGGCAGCGUUCUCUUGGCCAUCCAGGCUCAGCUGCAGAGCUCCCCGGGAGGCGAACCGUUUGAGCAGCAGCUGGUGGCCAAGGUGCCGCCCACCGAUCCCAAGUACUGGCAGUUCUUUCAGCCCGAACGGACCUGCCUCACGGAGAACGCCGUUUACCAGGUCUUGGCCCCGGCUCUGGUGGCCCUUCAAGGGGAGGCUGGCAUCCCAGAGGAGAGCCACUUCGAUGGCUUUCCCCGCUACUUUGGCUCUCGCAUAUCUCUCGAUCCAGGCUCUAAAUCGGUGGAUCAAGACGCCGUCCUGGUGCUGGAGAAUCUACGCUUCAGCGGCUUUGUUUCCGGCCAGAGACUGCGUCCCUAUGACCUACCUCAUACUCUUCUAGCUCUCCGAUACCUGGCCGAGUUCCAUGCUCUUCCUGUGGUACUGCGACUGCUGAAACCGAAGGUGUUCCGGGAGCAGGUGAGACCCUUCUUCGACAAGUUCGACUGGCAUGGCGCUGCUCCCGAGUGGAAGGCCAUCAUGAAGGCCGAGACCCUGGAAGACAUUCGGAAAGCCACCAACAACGAUCCGGAGCUGGUGGCCCGUGUGAAGGAGCUGUCGGACAAGUUCUUUGAGUUUCUGGCCGCUGAGCCCGAUAGACCCGAUGGACCUUUUACCAGCAUCAUUCACUGUGACUAUUGGAUCAAUAACUUGAUGUUCUUGUAUGAGCCCUCGGGAACGCCUUCCAGGCUGAAAAUAAUCGACUUCCAGACGGCCCAGUUUGAUUCCGUGGUUCAUGACAUAAUCGCCUUCCUGUUAUCAAGUGUUGAUACCGCUAUCUUGGAGCUACAUUUCGAACACAUGUUGGAGACAUACUACGAAGCCUUUGUGGCUUGCCUGCGCCGUGUGGGAGCUGAUACAACGAGCUACAGCUUGACGGCGUUCCGGGCGGAAGUAAAGCGAGUGGCGUACAUCCAGGUUCCCCAUGCCAUCUUCAUGACCCGCUUCAUACUGGCGGAUGGCGGCGACUCAGCCUCAUCCUCCGGUGAUAAGGAACUGGCCGAUGUGCUGAAGAAUGCGGGCUCGGAGCGUAUUGGCCGGAAACUGAGAGAGAUAUUGAGUUUGGCCAAAAAGUUUGAUAUAUUAUACUAAUUUAAUAUUUGUAUAUUGUGAUAUUAUCCAAAUACAAACUUCAAUCCCA